AAACACAAACCCAGCGGUGAGGCUCGAAGUGGCUGAAAUAAAAACACGAGGAGACGAAGAUGAGACCCCGAUGCCUGUCCUCUACAGGGAAUCCUUCCAGAUGCUUCCUCGGUGGGAUUUCGAGGAUGAGUACAACCGGGACGCCCCGCCUCGACCGACAACUUGUGCCCGGUCUGUGCGAAACUCUAAAGAUGAGAGCUUCAGGAGGGCUUUCCUCCCCGACAUACGUCUGUUUCUGCACAAAGACGACAUCAGCAUGAGCAAGUGGAACCGGCUAUCCCAUUUUAACAAUCCCUUUGGAUUUAUGGAGUACAAGUACGACGAUGUGAUGGCUUCGGUGAAACUUAUCCCAAAACCAGAAGAGCCGCUGCUGCUUCCUAAACCCGGCGGUGACGGUUGUGUUCGCUGUGCUGUGGUGGCCACAGCUGGAAUCCUCAACGGAUCCAAAAUGGGGGCAGAAAUAGACGCUCAUGAUUACGUUUUCCGGAUGAACGGUGCAGUGAUCGAGGGAUACGAGGACGACGUGGGAAACAGAACAUCCGUUUACGUCCACACAGCGUACUCCAUGAUCGCUUCGCUUCAUUUUUUCAAGAAGUACGGAUACAAAGCCGCCCCACACGAUGAGGGUAUAAAGUACGUGAUGAUUCCUGAGGGGAUGAGGGAUUUCCAGUGGCUCAAGAGUCUUAUUAAAGGAGAAAAGAUCCCGUACGAAGGCAUAUUCCACAACGAGGAGCCGAGGACUUACUACUCAGGUCAGUACGACGAGAACCGAUUCUACGUUCUGAACCCGGAUUUCCUGCGAUAUGUGAGAAACAGGUUCCUACAAAGUCCUCAGCUGAACACUUCAACGUGGUCACUGGUGCGACCGACCAACGGGGCGUUCACGCUCUUCCUGGCUCUGCACACCUGCGACGAGGUGAGUGCGUACGGUUUCAUAACAGACGACUACAAGAAAUACUCCAACUACUAUAUGGAGAAGGACGUUAAAACCGACAUCACUUUCUACCUGAACCACGACUACCUGCUGGAGAAGGACGUGUGGAAAGAGCUUCACAACAGCAAAAUAAUCAGGUUAUAUCAGAGGACUGAAUCAAAAAUGGAGACAGAAGACGUGAAACAACGCUGACACCCCGAGAAGACAUCAAUUAAUAUGUAUUGUUAUAAGUGUUUUCAGUCAUACAGUGCAGUUAACAUUUAUUUUAUCUAUUUUUUUGCAUUUAUUUAAAACUACACAAAUGUAAUAUACCAGAAAUUUCCUAUUAACUAGUCUAAUGUUAUUGGGAAUUUCUUUUUUAUAAUGUUUCACUGAGCUUCACAAAUAAUCUAUUUCUAUAUUUAACAGUCUAAUGGUGAAUACAAAUGCUGACUUGAAUAUAUAAAUCAAUAGAUCAUCUGAAUACAAAUAGUCUUUACUUACUUUUGAGAACAUCGGCACCUUUUACAGCACAAAAAUGAAGAAAUCCAAACCUAAAUGUGAAGAAAAAAACACUGAAACCAGAGGGAAGACGGGUAUGCGGCAGUUAAGUAAGAAAAUGAAGAUUUAACAGGUCAGAUAAUACUAGUCAAGAAAUUUGAAAUGUUUUUCUCCCCAUCUGCUGAUUUAAGAGACAACAUUCGAAUGAGUAAAACUUACAUAUGAAGUAUGGAGUAAUGUAUUUCAGUGCAAAAUCAAAAUUCUGUAAAUAAAUCAGCUGGACUCUAAGGUUUGACAUAAGCAACAAAAACUUAAAAACAAAAGAAGCAGAUUGCUGAGGUUUUCCUAUAAACUGUUUAUAAAAAUUAAAAUAGUCUGAGUUUUUCUGAAAGUUACUGAAACAAACAGCGCCACCUGCUGCUACAUUGGAGUUACUACAGCAAAGAAAUGUGUCUUUAUUCCUUCAAUAAGAUCUGCCAGAAUGAAGGAAGUAACUCAGUAUAUUUCAAGGUAGUUUUGAUGUAAUGCGGUACAUUUCACAGGGAUAUAUUUUACUUUCACUCCACUGCAUUUAUCUGAGUGUUUUAGCUACUGUUUUGAUUAGACGUUUAAAUGUACGAUCAGUUAAGAAAGUGCACAUUGCUGUUGGCAAAUUUGCGGUUUUCAAUCAUUUUGACGCUAAAAAAGCUGUUACUGAGACAAAUUUCUCAAAUGGUUUCACAAAAAAUAAAUAAAUAUAAAUGUGUUUUUGUCCCUCAUCCUUCAUAUCAUACCUAUGUUUUGUUUCACUCCUUUCAUCUCUGGUACUUUUUGAAUUUUCUUUUUUUUAAUUAUCUUAUUUUACUUUGUAUUAUGUGUAUUUUUUGGUGGGGAGGGAUACACGUGAGAGAAGCAGCAGAGCUACUAGAGCUGCAUCUCGGGGGAAUAACAUGAAAAUUACCUCUAGUCAGACCGUCUUUUCUUUCAGAUAAUCGCAUCAGUGGAAUUCAAUAUGACAAUCAAUGAGACAGUCCCCAUCCUAUUAAUUAUUUACGCGUUAUUGUAACUAAUGGUGUAUUGAGAACCAACAGUGGCGACACUAAUGUUGUCUUUUGUCAGCUUUAACAGGACUAUAUUCUAUAUAAUCUGCACAUUAUAUUCUAUAUCCAUGUAUUUGAGUGUAUUCUGCUUUAUUUAUUUGUAUUUUAUGAAUUAUACAGGCUUUUAUCAGUGUCUUAUAUGCCUUUAGUUAAAUGUAAGUACACACUGUGCCUCCAGAAAUUCAUCCAUCAUGAAUGCACACAUAUAUUUAUGGAAACAAUCAACAGAUGACAUUGGUACAUAAACCUGGUAAUAUAUGGGUAAAUUCUUUAAUAGCAAAAAUAAAGUUACUCUCAGGAAAUUAACAUUUCAUUGUGAUUAAUGGAAAAAAAUAAAAAAAUAUCAAAUUCUUGUAAUUAGUGUAAAUAUUUGUUUCAAGGGAAAGGAUAAACAUAAUGUGGUUCAGUUCAACAGUUUAAGUUUCAUAAUAAUAUCACGAUAGUAUAAAAAAAUUACACAAAUAGAGCUCAGUCUAUAAAAUCUUCUUCUUUACAACACGGAGACUCACGUUUAGUUAGAUACUGAUUUUAAAAAGUAGAACAAAAUGAGUUAAUUGUUAACCUGAAAGUCAGUAAUGUUGUCCGUAACCAUAGUAACCCGCUGUCUGCCGGGCCUCUUCCUGAGGAGGCGGGUCUUUCCGGAACUCAAAAUACGGUUUAAAACGUAAAAGUGACCGAAUUUGAAUCAAUUAAAACGCUCUUGCAUACUUUAAACAUCAAUACACUAUUUAACGUGAUGAACAUUCGUAUAAUCAAGACGGUUGUGUAAAACUUUUGACUUUGACUAACCCGGAAACAAAGGCAGAGUCCCAUCGUGCUUUGCGGCACAGCGCGGACGGUAAAUCCAAGCUAAAUAAACGUGUGGUUUCCACAUUUAAACUCUGAAAUUUAUCACAUAGUGUUUCUUUUACAUGUUGCGGUAUGUAACGUAGGUUUUUAUACGCUGUAGAAUUUCCUGGUUGGUCAGCAAACCGUGAGUUAGAAUAGUAUGGCGGCUGAAGUCCUCCCUCGUUCGGCCAUCGGUUAUUCAGUACACUCUUGUUUCUCUUCAGAUCGUAUAAAUCUUUCGCCUUUUACUAAAGAUUUCCGUGGAGAGGAACAACAAGAGUUUUACCCAAUUUUUUGAUGCCCUGCGCAAGUGGGGCUU